CCCCAAACAUGGACAGCCGCAAGAAAAAGAGAAAGGUGCUGCUGAUGGGCAAGAGCGGGUCCGGGAAGUCGUCGAUGCGCUCCAUCAUCUUCAGCAACUACGUGGCCAAGGACGUGCGGCGGCUCGGGGCAACGAUUGACGUCGAGCACAGCCAUGUGAAGUUCAUGGGGAAUUUGACUCUGAACCUAUGGGAUUGUGGGGGGCAAGAUGCGUUCAUGGAAACGUACCUGGCGUCGCAGCGGGGCAACAUCUUCUCGGACGUGGCGGUACUGAUCUACGUGUUCGACAUUGAAUCGCGCGAGGUGGAGCGCGAUCUAGACACGUACAGCGCGAUCAUCGAGGCGCUGCGCGAGUUCAGUCCCUCGGCAUACGUGUUCUGCCUGGUACACAAGCUGGACCUGAUCCAGGCGGAACACCGACAGCGGAUCUACGAGGAACGGUCUGCGCUGAUCCGCAGCCGGUCCGGGGAUUUCUCCAUCGACACCUUCGGCAGCAGUAUCUGGGACCAAAGCCUGUACAAGGCGUGGGCGGGGAUCGUGCACAAGCUCAUCCCGAACCUGACGGUGAUCGAGCGGUUCCUCUCGGCGUUUGCGGCACGCAUCGACGCCGAGGAAGUCAUCCUCUUCGAGCGCUCCACCUUCCUCACCGUUACCUCCGUCGCGUCCGAAACGGGCCUCUUCAACCCCAUCUACGACCGCCACGAACGUCUCUCAAAUAUCAUGAAGGCCUUUAAACACUGCGCCGCCCGCAACACGCACACAACCCCGGCCUCCGCCAGCUUUCUCGUCAUGCACACCAAAACCCCGCAGUUCAAUGUCUUCCUCGGCCGCUUCACGGAUAAUACCUAUAUCUUUGUCGUCCUGCCCCCGGGCGAGGCCGCGUACAACUGCGCCGUCCUGAACACCAUGCUCGCGCGCGAGGGCUUCGCCAAGGCUGCCGCCUCCGGCUCCGGUGAAGGGUUUCCCCUAGAAGAUAAGGCUUAAGAGUUUCCGCUCGUUGACAUGGCUUUCUGUAUGCGUUUUAGAUACCCAAUUAUUUCUUAUUUGAACAGUAAAGUAGC